UGGUACAAGGCUGUUGUUAAUAGCCCUGUACCAUGUGACCUCUGUGAUCAUUCACAGAUUUCAUACGUAGUAAGCAAUGAUGUCAGAAGUGAUAUCUUGCUUACUACUCUUCAUGUGAUCACUGAUUGGCCAAUGAGUGAUCACAUGAUCGGGACCUCGGACAGAGGUCCCGUAUGACGAUCGGUGUUCCACUGUGUCCUCCAGAUCGUGGUGCUGUCGCUCCCAGGGAGCGCGCACAGUCCAUAAUGGCGGGUGCCGUUUAUGAAUGGCAACCCGCCCCUGGAGUGCCACCGUCCUGCCGUUUAUAUACAGCGGGCGGGACGGCUAGUGGUUAAAUGGACUGUACUACAUUUCUGCAAAA